AUGCACCCUGGAUUCCCUGCGGCCCCUGGGCUCUCUGAACCAGGGCCCCGAGAGUUGUGCGCUUUUGUGAGCGGGGCUUCAGCCCACAUCCUGCGAGCCCUGCAGCCCAGGCGUACCCGGCCCCCCAAGCGCAAGCCCAACCACCGGAGGUUUCUACACAACCAGAUCUGCAGGCAGUUUGCCAAGAUUGAAGCCGCCACCCAGCACCUGGCCCUGUCCAUCCUGUCUCAAAAAGCACCUCCCCAGAGACCACCACCCAGAAGACCACCUCCACCGCCUCCAUCCCCCUUCCUGGGGGUGGCCUGUGCUGAGACCCCUGUGGAAGUGCCCCACGACGACGGCCCCAGCCUAAGUCUAGCUGCUCUGGACACCUCGACCCUUGAUCUCUUUGAUGACAUUCUGCUCACUCCUGCAUGUCCCCUGGUGGCUACCGAAGACUUCUGCCAGACACCCUACAAGGCAUCUGAAGUCAUCUCUCAUGCUCCAGGCCCAGGAAACCAGAGAGACCCAACCCCAGUGCAGGCUCCAAGGUUCUCCAGUCCUCUGGCCCCUCCCCAGAAUGCCCACGGGGGAAGUCUGGAGCCUACAGCUCUAGGCUGGGGUUGGGUGGACAGUCAGGAGGCACCUUGUGCCUGGGAUCCUACAGGAAUUCUGGAUGACUGGGGGACCCUUUGA